CUCUCUCCCCCGCCUCUCUCCUCCCCCCCCUCCUCUCACUCCCCCCUGCUCUCCCCCCUCUCUCUCCCCCCUCCUCUCUCUCUCCCCCCUCUCUCCCUCCCAUCUCUCUCUCCCCCCCUCCUCUCUCUCUCCCCUCCUCUCUCUAUCCCUCCUCCCCUCUACCCUCCUCUCUCUCUCCCCUCCCCCUCCUCUCUCUCCACCCUCCUCUCUCUCUAUCCCCCCCCCCUCCUCUCUCUCACUCUCCCCCUCCUCUCUCUCUCCCCUCCUUAUCUCCCCCCCUCUCUUUACAUUGUACACAGAUCUGACCCAACAAGGUGUCCUGUAUUUACCGUAUAUUUCGCUCCCGUUGUAUGUCCGCAGUCUCUGGUCAUCUCAUGUACUAUGUCUGCAGUCUCUGGUCAUCUCCUGUACUGUGUCCGCAGUCUCUGGUCAUCUCCUGUACUGUGUCCGCAG